AAAACCCUAAUUCAAAGUCUUUGAGAUCCAAGAGGGACAAAACCCCAGCUCAUAUAUCCUCCUCAGAUCAGACACACACCACAGAUCUCAUCUGAACGCCGCCGUCUAUGCUUCCACAAACUCUAUAGAGUCAAACCGUAGCUCAAUUAUUUCAUCAACCCUAGAAAAAAAAGGAAACCCCCACAAAUUUAGCUACUCAAAAAUUCAAGAUUCAGCAAGAAAAAGAAUGGAUCACUUCAACACUAGAGACCACUUCAACCUGCAGCACCAAUUCCACCCCAACUCCGAAGACGAGCACGGCGGCGACUCGCCGGGCCUAAACAUGGCCCUGAACAGAGACGGAGCCGGCAACAACGCCGACUCCGCCGCCAACAAGGACGGCGGCAGCGCCUCCACGGGCGAGGGCGACAUGUCGGGCGGCAGCAACCGGCGCCCCCGCGGCCGCCCCGCCGGGUCGAAGAACAAGGCGAAGCCGCCGAUCAUCAUCUCCCGCGACAGCGCCAACGCCCUCCGGACCCACGUCAUGGAGGUCGCCGACGGGAGCGACAUCAUGGACGCCGUCGCCAGCUUCGCCCGCACCCGCCAGCGCGGCGUCUGCAUCAUGAGCGGCACCGGCAGCGUCACCAACGUCACCCUCCGGCAGCCCGGCUCCCCCGGGGGCGCCGUCGUCACGCUGCACGGCCGCUUCGAGAUCCUCUCCCUGGCCGGCUCCUUCCUGCCCCCGCCCGCCCCGCCCGCUGCCACUGGACUCACCGUCUACCUGGCGGGCGGGCAGGGCCAGGUGGUCGGGGGCAGCGUGGCCGGGCAGCUCCUGGCGUCCGGGCCGGUCAUCAUCAUGACGGCGUCGUUUAGCAACGCGGCGUAUGAGAGAUUACCGCUUGAGAAUGAGGAGAAUAAUGGGAUGCAAGGGCAGGGGAAUUCGCCGCCGCAGAUCAUGGCGGACCCGUCGUUGUUUCAGGGGAUGCCGCCACCGAAUCUGCUCAACACGUUGCAGAUGCCCAAUGAGGAGUUUUGGUCCACCGGAAGGCCGCCGUUCUAGGUUUUCAGGUAGCUUUUUUCCUUGAGAAUUUGAUUACAUCUUUUUGUUUAUGCCCCAACUGUCAAUGCAGUAAACGGUAGGGGACUGGUCAAAUAGUGUGUGCUCAUGGACAGGGAUUGAACCCCUGACCUAAUCGUUUUUAACGAGCACACUCAAUUUAUUCCUUUUCACUGUUACCAGUCUUUCUUUUGAUUAGGGUUUUUAUUUUUCCUGAUGAUGAUUUUAGUAUG